GUGCUUUGGUGGGAGCCGCGCAAGAUUUUGGUGACAGCUGGUUUUUUCCUACCUCACAUUACAUUUCCACCACCAUUAGAUAUUGGACAGCGCGAUGUAGGAGGUGGAUAUUUGCUAUAUAACGGAUAUAUUGUGGUAGAUUUUUUUUGCAUUUCUCUGUCAAAAAGGGCGAUCUUGGCGUGA